UCAUAUUCUUUACGCAGAGUAGUUUACAUUUAAGAGCUGGCUUAUUUUCCACUGAGGGAAUUGUGGGAGUAAUCUACUUCAAACUCACUGAUUAUAUUGUGAGAGCAUUCGCCUCUCUAGUAUGCCUUUCCUAAUCUUACUUUUACUUCCUUGCCAAGUGCAAGCUGAAGAAGAUUGCAGAGAUAAGUUACCCGUCCCUGAGUGCAAGUAUUUGGCGACAGAAGAAAUAUGCCAGAAGUACUGCGGAGUUUGCAGUACGAAUGCUAUUUGCAACAAAAUAUCCAUCAAAGAGUAUAAACUUAAAGCAUCUUCCAAACUAGAUGCAAAUCACGGUCCUGAACAGGCCAUACUGAACAAUACAAGAGCUUGGGUAUCAAAGCACAACAAUAGCGAUGAAAGACUUAUCUUUAUCUUGGGUCACAAGUUCUACAGGAUCACAGGAAUAGCAACGCAAGGCCGAGCAGGCCAGUGGGUAAAAUACUAUCAACUAGAGUACUUGAUUGAGGCCGGUGAUAAAUCGAAAGUGUAUCAAAACAAGACAUUUAAAGGAAACUCAGACCAGAGGACCAUUGUUUAUCAUGAUUUGACAAAUCCUUCACUUGUGGCAGCUGAACUUCAUAUUCGUCCUGUCUCAUGGCACGGGGCCAUAGCAAUGAGGAUGGAAAUUUAUGGCUGUUUAGUGUGCCACGGACCUCUAGGUAUGGAGAGCGGUGCAAUCAAAGAUCAGCAGAUCACUGCAUCUUCCUAUCGUAACCGUCGGCUCAAACCUAAUCACGGGAGACUGCACUUCAAAGCAAAAAAAGGAUCGAAGGGAGCCUGGAGAGCCGACUGGAAGCAGGAAGAACCAUGGCUUCAGGUUGACCUUCAUAGCAAAAACACUUGGGUAACUGGUAUAGCGACACAAGGAAGGGAGGAUGCUAAUCGAUGGGUGACGACAUAUAGAUUGCGCUAUUCCGAUGGAAUUGGGUUUUACUUUUAUAAGGAAAAAGGAAAACGACAAUCCAAGGUAUUCACCGGUAACAGAGACAGAAAUACCGUUGUUCGUCACGAACUAGAGAUACCAAUCGGAGCUAGGAUCUUCCGUAUCUAUCCACUGAAUUUUACAAGAGCCGUAGAAAUGAGGAUGGAGCUGUAUGGUUGUAAAGACGGAUGUUUGUAUAAGCCAUGUAAAAAUGGAGGUACGUGCGUACCUGACUACAUCAACGGAAACUACACAUGCAUUUGUCCUGAUGAAUUUUACGGUGAUACUUGCAGAUUAGGUAACUUAUGUGAGCUUGGUAAGCCUUGCUUGAAUGGAGGUAACUGCACAGAAAUCAGAUACUGGCCUUAUUUCAAGUGCACAUGUCCUUCUAAUUACACUGGUUUCAACUGUGGAUUCGAGAUAGGUGAUCCAUGCAAUCAAAGCUAUUGUCUUAACAAUGGCACUUGUCAGCGUAGAGAAUCCUGGCCAUACAGCCAAUGUAAAUGUAGCUCCGGAUACGCUGGUUUUAAUUGUGGCACCCACAUAGGCGAUCCUUGCUCCAACACUUCCUGUCCUAAGGGCUGGACUUGUAAGCCCGUAAAUUGGUCCAUUGGGUUACAUUGUGGUUGUAGAUUUGGAAAAUGCAUUUAUCCACCAGUUCUUGAAUGCCUGUCACAUCCAUGUCUAAAUGGGGGAACGUGCUUAGGGGAUGAGUCAAGAAAUGUCACUUGUAGUUGUCCUCCAGGAUUCUAUGGCUAUAACUGCGAAUAUAAACAAGAUGAUGCGUGUUCCGAUGACCCUUGUCUCUAUAAUGGAACCUGUAUACCAGAUAACAACCCGCUGGGCUUUAAAUGCAAUUGCCGUUCAGGAUACAUUGGAUUUAAUUGUGGCAUUCAUAAAGGCAAUCCUUGUUUAGAUGAAGACAACCAUGAGCCUUGCAAAAAUGGCGGAAACUGUACGCAACAGGAUAAUGCAUUGGGAUACAUAUGCAAAUGCACAUCAAAGUAUAUUGGGUUUGACUGCAGCUUUCUAAAAGACGAUCCUUGUUUUCCUAACCCUUGUCAAAACGAUGGAAACUGCACUAGGGACAAUGGUCUGAAGGAUUUCAUUUGCAACUGUUCCUUUGGAUACACUGGUAAAAAAAUGUCAGAACCCGAUAGGUAG